AUGUCAGAUAAAAUCCCCCCCUCCAAACCCACCGCCACAACGGCUGCUACACCUCCCGCCAAAGGCGCCACCGUUGGAAUUGCAGCUACCAAACCACCUACAACAAAUGGCGGUACCAAAACAUCUCACCUUUACAACCCCACUUCCCGCCCACCGUACCGUCCUCAACCCUAUAACCGCCGUCAGCAUAACCGUCCACAGCGGAACUAUUGUUGUUGCUUCUGUUGUUGGUCCAUCCUCGUAAUUCUCGUACUCGUGCUUUUGGGUGCCAUAACCGGCACCGUCCUCUACGUCCUUUACCGCCCUCAACGCCCCUCUUUCACCCUCGAUUCACUCCGCAUCCACCGCCUAAACUUAACCACCUCCGCCCACUCCUCCUCCUCCCACCUCUCAACCCUUUUCAACUUAACCCUUUCUUCCAAAAACCCAAACUCAUAUCUCUCCUUCUCUUACGACCCUUUCGUCGUCUCAUGCGUAUCGAGCAACAGCGAUGCGUUUUUAGGACACGGAGCAUUGCCGGCUUUCGUCAGUGACAGAAAAAACGACACCACUUUCAAGGGAGUGGUGGUGACGACGUCGAGUGAUCUGGAUGUGGAUACGGUGAACAGCUUAAGACCGGAUCUGAAGAAAAAAAUGGGGCGUCCUUGA